AUGGAGAACGAUGCUCUUCCAGUAACAGCAACCCGGAAGCGGAAGCGGAAUCCGAUCGCUUGCAGUUCUUGUCGGGCCCGGAAAUCACGGUGUGAUGGAGCAAGACCGUCGUGCUCAGCUUGUAUCGAACAAACCAUCACUUGUGUCUAUGCGGUGAAUUCUGGUGCAAACACCGCUUUAGUCCCUAAACAGUAUCUGGAGCACGUAGAAAAUAGAUUGGCAGAUGUUGAAGAAGCGAUUAGCCGCCUAAAGGAAUUCAUUCCAACUGCGGUACUUGAGGAUAGGCAGCAUGUAAUUUACUCGCAUGGCGUCUCCUCUCGUCGGAAUCAUCCUUCAGAAAGCUCCUUCACUGAGAACUCGCUUCAUGCAGAAGAAGGAAGUACACACAUUGUGUCACCGGAUGCAACGGAUGGCGUAGGCACUAUCGAGUUUACCAACGACGGCACAUGGACCUAUUUUGGACCAACAUCCAACAUCGCUUUCACAAGAAACAUUCGUCGAACUUUAAAUCAUUUGCAGCGAACCUCCUCUAGAAAGGUCCGCCACCCAGAGGUCAGGCCACCCCGAGAGGCCCAACAACAUAAUUUGGCCGUUUCUAGGUCUCAUUCACCCAUCGACGACUCUUUCGACUCUAGGAGACUAGAAACUCCAUCCGAGGCAUGCCACCUGCCGCCUAAUGUCGAAGUGUCGCGUCUCAUCCGUCAAUUUUUCUCUGACACAGGCUUGCUCUUUCCAUAUGUUCAUGAAGAAAGCUUUUUAAAAGCAUAUGUGCAAUUCCAAUCAAUCGGUAUGAAUAAUGCCAGGCGUUCUUGGCUUGCGUUGCUAAACAUGAUUCUCGCAAUGGCAACGAGCACCACCUCCACUAAGAAACUUGGUUUAAGUCAUCGACAAGCAAUUUCAGAAACUUACUACCAACGCGCCAAAGCCCUAUCAAUGGGCCAAAUGAUGUGUAGGGCGAGUGUUGAAGCAGUUCAGGUCAUGUUGUUGAUGUCUCUGUACCUUCAAGGAAGCCAAAGGUCAGUACAGACCUGGGCGAUACAUGGACUUGCUGUCAAAGCUGCUAUGGAACUGGGACUCCAUUCCGAAAUUUCUCUUCAAAGGUUUGACCCCCUUGAAAGAGAGACGAGGAUUCGGACGUGGUAUGGUUGUAUUGUUCUCGACAGAACAUUAAGCAUGACAUUUGGACGGCCUCCAAUAAUUCCUCAAAGUUAUGUUAGAACGAAUUUGCCAAGCCAUUCUUUUCACCAGUUAUCGGGAGUGGGUGAACUGAGAUGGUCCGGUGAAGAAGAGAGUACCCUCUUUUGGAACAAGUCAAUAGCUCUGUACGGAGUUACUGCUGCCGUAAUCGACGAGCUCUAUGAGAACAACAUUGGAUCUGGCACAACGAUUCCAAUAGCAAAUGUUUUGUCGACUGUGAUUCAUAUUAGCCAAAGGCUGGCGACUUGGCAAACAUCUCUACCGACUUCAAUGCAGCUUGUAGACCGAAGCGAGAUACUUGAGGUUGUUGAUAACCCCUUGUCACUCAAGUUCAGGGUGAUCUUGACGCUCCGUUAUCACAAUCUUCACAUACUGUCACAUCGGCCUAUCCUGGAUCGUUGUCUUCAAAUCAUUCACGAACAUCCUCACACGGACCAGGGGUCAGCUCCUCUAAAGCAAGGGUGGUACUUCAGCAAGGAAGCAUGUCUCCAAUCUGCGGAAAGUAUCAUUCGUCUCGUUGAGGCAUGCAAGGUAUCUAUUGAUGCAAACCCAGCCGUCUCCUUUCUAGGAGCCUGGUGGUUCAGCCUCUACUUUACUUUCAACGCUGCGUUGGUUGUGAUUGCCAUAAAGCUCAUCGACGAAAGCUUGUCUCCAUUAUCCCCCGAACCAGCUUGCGCCAAUGCAAGCUCACGUGUGGAUGACAUUCUUAGGAAUGCAGUGACUUGCAUCUCACGACUUGACAGACAGAAUCCGAUGGUAGAAAAAUGUUCAAAUUUCGUUGCGGCUUUGAUAUUCUUGGUACAGAGUCUUUCAGUUCCAGAGAAAGCCAGUGGAUGUCCAAUGACUGUACCAAGUGAUUUUACAUCUACGAAUAUAGAACCAUCUUCCAGUGGGGUGCAAAACGACACAGGAGACGAGUUUUCAAGCUUGAUGGACUUUCUUCCACCGAAUUUGUAUACUAUCUCUGGCGUCGAUGCGCCAUUCGCAGUUUCUGAACUGAUGAAUGAUUUUGUCACGGAAGAUCUGUUCUGGUAG